UCCACCCCACCACCACCAACCCAACUCCUCUUCCACCACAACGCCUCCCUCGCAACCCACACAACAACCCUCCUCACCAUCACCCCCUUUUCCUCCCUCCCCGCCCCUGACCAAUCCCUCUUCAAAUCCCCCCCAACCAACGCCUUCGUCCUCACCUUCCCCUCAACAAUCUUCCACCCGCAGGGAGGUGGCCAGCCCUCAGACGAAGGCCACAUAACCCUCACCUCACCCCCCUCGGUAGCCUUCUCCGUCAUCUCCGCCCGCCAUUCAAUCACCAACCCCUCACAAGUCCUCCACCUAGGCUUUUUUGCCCCUUCUGUCCCCCCACCUGAUGAACAGCCACUAUUCACCCCAGGAGACCAAAUCACCCAAACCAUCAACGCCAACCUAAGAAACUACCACUCCCGCCUCCACACAGCCGGUCACGUCCUCGGCUCCGCAGUCCGGCACCUCCUCGAGUCCCAAAUCGAAGACUUUGACGAGCUAAAGGCUUCGCAUUUCCCAGACUCGGCAGCGUGUGAGUUUAGGGGGUUGAUAGACUCUAAAUGGAAGGAGCCGAUCCAGGAGAAAGUCAAUGAGCUUUUGGCCGCGAAGAUGCCGGUUGAGGUUGAGUGGUGGGAUGAGGAGGAUUUCAGACGGGAGGGGUUGGAGAGGUUGAUACCCCGGGGGAAAAAUGGGGAGCUGGUAAAGCCGGAGAACACGGACGGGGGGAGGUGGAGGGUUGUGAGGAUUGUUGGGGCGGAGGUGUAUCCCUGUGGGGGGACUCAUGUGGAAAGGACGGACCUGUGCGGGGAGGUGAGGGUGAGGAAGGUGGGGAGGGGGAAGGGGUGUUCGAGGGUUGGGUAUGGGGUUGUUCCGGGGUUGGAGGGGUGA